AUGCCAGUUGAGGGGUACUAUGCUGUUGCGAACGGUCGCAGAAAUGGUGUAUAUCGUACAUGGGAUGAGUGUCGAGCGCAGGUGGAGGGUUUUGCUCAUGCAAGAUUUCAGAAAUUUGCAACUGAACAAGAAGCUUUUGCUUUCAUCGCGGCCUACCAACGGGAGCGUGCGCAGGCUUUGCUUGCCGGCAAGCAAGAGCCCCAUUGGUAA